AUGUUCCGCAAAAAGUCGCUGCUGAUAGGCAUCAACUACACCGGCAGCCAGCAUGCCCUCCGCGGCUGCCACAAGGACGUGGAGAAUGUGGCCGACUUUCUGUCAUAUCGCGGCUAUUCAUCGGAUCCACGAGAUCAAGUGAUUCUGCGCGAUGACCGAGGCGGCCCUUACUACCCCACCGGCCAUAACAUGCUGGCCGCUAUGGACUGGCUGGUCAGUGAGCCAAACACCUGCUGCUUCUUGCACUACUCCGGACACGGCGGCCAGGUACCCAACCGCGACCGCGACUCGGGCUACGACGACACCAUCGUCCCCGUGGACUUUGAGAGGAACGGGCAGAUUCCCAGCGGCGUGCUCCACCGCCAUCUGAUCUCGCGGCUCUGGCCCAACAGCACCCUGUUCGUCAUCUUCGACUGCUGCCACAGCGGAAGCGCCCUCGAACUGCCCUUUCUCUUCCGCACAGAUGACGAGGGCAAUCUCAACAUGAUGUCCGGUCUGCAGCAGGGUAUGAGUAUUCUGGAUCACGGCUACUCGCUCAUCUCCGGCGGCUUCGACAUGAGCAGAGCGGCGGAUGCGAAGCAACUCUAUUCCGAGGCGUCCAGCUUCUUCAAAAGCUUGAGUGGCAUGGGGCGUGGCAAUCAAGGGCCGGGCGUCAGCGAAGAGCAUUUCCAGAAUGACUGGUCGCGCGAGCACAAAUGGGUAUGCAUGUUCAGCGGCUGCAGGGAUGACCAGACUUCCGCCGACGCCAACAUUGGCGGAAUCAGCGAGGGAGCCAUGUCUUGGAGCUUCUUGCAAGUCAUGAAGCAGUCGCCAAAUCCCACGUUUGUGGAGACGCUGCAGAUGACCCGCUCAAUCUUGAAGCGGAGUCGGUACAAUCAAGUCCCACAGCUAUCUGUUGGUGUGCCUGAGCUCGACUUCAACCGACCUCUGUUUCUCUGA